AGAGGUACAGACACUAAGUGAAGACUUAUGAGGAAAACCAUCCCCACGAUAGACAGAGAGGAAGAAACAGGCUAACCUGAUGAGGUGUUGUUUAGAGCAAUCUAGAAGGAAAGAUUUGCUGGCAGAGAUGGGUAGUGAACAUCAAAACAGGUUUUCAUAUAACUGCGUCUCUUGGAGAAUCCUUAAAAGUGGGAAACCCAUAUCCGCCUCUACGAAAUGAUUUGGGCAAACUUGCACUGAUGAGAGGAGCCUGGGUGGCGAGGAUGACUUUGAAGGGUCCUUGUAACUUGAGGAUUCUGUGUUCCAGGGGGAGUGAUGGAAAUCAGGAAACAGGAUCUCCUGCAAAAUGUUCCCAGCGCUUUGAAAUGGAAAUUAGGCUAAUUCCAAUUUAGGAAUCAAAUUAGAGCAACUAGUCAGGGUGUUAGUGGGUUGUGCUCGUCCCUGUUUGAAGUUACAGACGGACGCUGCUUUUUCCUGGAUGAAGCAGGAUCCCACUCAGCCUGUUUUCAUCUUUACUUAGCACCUGCUGGCUUGGAGCGGUGUCGCCCAAGCAAUCAGACGGAGGCAUGCGCCAGGAGCUUGACCUCCUGUGUCUGCUGCCCCUCCCCCACGCCCCAUGACAGCCUCUCCUGAUAUGGAUGGACAGGGGCCGGUUUAAAAUGACAGUCUCAAGUUCGUGUAGGAAGGGAAGGCUAAUUCAAAGAAACGGCCAGGCGAGCUUCCUGCCUCUGUAGGAAUAAUUUUCAUCCCCCUUCACCAUGGCCCACCUGGGAGCCCAUUUUGCCUUUCGAUCCCGCUGGCAGAAGACCGACGACGAACUCUGUCGACAUAGCAUGUCCUUCAUCCUUCACAGAGCCAUUCGCAAUGACUUCUUUCAGAGCUAUCUCUACCUGCUGGAAAAAAUUCCCCUGGUGAAAUUGUAUGCUUUAACAAGUCAAAUCAUCAAUGGGGAGAUGCAGUUCUAUGCCAGAGCUAAACUUUUCUAUCAAGAAGUACCAGCUACAGAAGAGGGUAUGAUGGGAAAUUUCAUUGAACUGUCCAUCCCAGAUAUCCAGGCUUCUCGGGACUUUCUUCGGAAGUUUGUUGGGGGCCCCGGGAGAGCUGGGACAGACUGUGCCUUGGAUUGUGGCUCUGGAAUAGGAAGGGUCAGCAAGCAUGUCUUGUUGCCGGUUUUCAAAAGCGUGGAACUGGUGGACAUGAUGGAAUCGUUCCUCGUCGAAGCCCAGAACUACCUGCAGGUCAACGGGGACAAGGUAGAAAGCUACCACUGCUACAACCUGCAGGAAUUUACACCCCCACUGGGGAGAUAUGAUGUCAUCUGGAUUCAGUGGGUCUCUGGGUACCUGACCGACAAAGACCUUCUUGUAUUUCUUUCCCGGUGCCGAGCUGGCCUGAAGGAAAACGGUGUCAUCAUACUGAAGGACAACGUGGCUCGGGAGGGCUGUAUUUUCGAUCUCUCGGACAGCAGUGUGACUCGGGACAUGGACAUCCUCCGGAGCCUCAUUAGGAAGAGCGGGCUGGUGGUGCUGGGCCAGAAGAAGCAGGAUGGCUUUCCAGAACAGUACAUCCCGGUGUGGAUGUUCGCACUGCACAGUGAUGGACAGUCCUGACCAGCAGGUGGGAAUGGGGCUGGACUGCACAGGGGUUCUUUGGGACAGAAGUACGCUCCUCAUAAUUCACGGCGGC